GAUCCACCACAGGGCUAGCAAUGGAGUCGCUUGGAACACUCACCUAUCGAGAACUGCAGGCGUUUGCCAAGCGCCAUGGUGUGAAGGCGAACGGAAGUAGGGUGGAUCUGAUCCAAAGACUGUCCGACACACACGGAGGUGACGACGACACGCCGGUUGAAGAUAACACCCAACCCGGCAGCGAUGAAAGACCCGACACGGACAACAACACGCCAGUUGAAGACAUCACCCAACCCGGAAGCGAUGGAACAACUCUAGGCGUGCCUGACACGGACGCCGACAAUCUAGCCACCCUUGACAAGCCUCAUGGCACAUGUGUCCAGUCUCAACAUGACUCCGACCCCGACAAGUCCCAACAAGGCAAGAGCGACUCGCAGGUUCUUGUCACAGACACGCCUGCCGAGCCGGAACCAUGCGCUGGGGAAGAUGUGGCGGAGAGGCGCAAGAGUGAAAGAGUCUCCGCCACCAUGAAGGAAACACGAACCACGGGCGAAACACCCCAGAAGACUAAGGUCAAACUGCCAGUUGCAGGCAGGUUCGAGCGGGCGCACCAGAAUCUCUUUGCGAGCCAGGCAUCAAUAGAACGCUAUGGAAAGACUCCAAAGAAGUCAGCACCUGCCAAGGAAAACGCUCCUCUGUCCAAGACCAAGGCAUUUGCAUCCACGGCCAAAGUGUUUGCGCCGACACCUGUCCGCCCUGUCCCUUCCGGAUCUGCCGCCAAAUCAAGCGUCAAGCGGGGCCUGACAGUGGCCAGCAAGCCGUGCACACUGGUUGUUCAGCGAAGCACAAAAAAGCCGACGCAGGUGAAGGAAUUCCGCCUGAGCUCCAACCAGACUGGUAAACGGGAAACGUUCACCUUUAAACCCUACACUGGACCACUGCGUCCCAUCGUGCCAGCAAACAACUCCAGCUUUAACAUUGGACAUGCACCCAAGAAAGGGUCCAACCCUGUCCGUGCGAAGGGAAUUAAAGCAACCCUGGCGAGUGGUAAGGCGCAGAAGGCCCGGAAAGAAGCUCACGUCGAGUCUAGUAAGGCUCAACGGGACAGGAAAUUGGCGGAUGCACGGUUUGGUCGUGCCUAACUCGUUGCUGGCCAUGACUGAGUCGCCCUAAAACUACAUAAGAGAACGUACGCGUGCCCUUGGACGCAUGCACGCUUGUCCGUAGUCCAGGAAAAUUAGCCCGUGCGUGUUUUCUGUCCGAUCAUGAGAAGCGAGAAGGGAUCUUCUUCGCCGAAUGGUGGUUGUUGUAUCUAAAAUUUAGCCUUUGUUCGCUGGAAAGGGGCCAUCUCUGCGGCAAUGUCCUAUUGAGUCUUAACAAUAUUGUAUGCAUAGAGUAGAACGUGUUUUUCUUUCAUUUCUGCAUGUGCUCUCGUCGGGACAUGUCCUGAAAACACCGACGCAACUUUGCAGCGUAAGAUUAUUCGUUGUUCCAGUUUGAUUAAAACUGCCUUGGUUAGCUAGUAGCUGCAUGUCGAAGAUGGAUGAAAAGCUAUUGCGUCCUUUGGGCUUGCGACCUGUACGUAUGGGGUACACAGAAAUGAAAAGUCACCACGUAGAUUAUAAU